GCGUGCCUGAGUCAGGGAAGUUGCGUGCGGGGGGUGCUUGCCUCUCGGCCCUCUUGCCAGUCUUCCCGUGGCGCGGGAGCUGCAGCCCGGCGCUGAGCCGUGCGGGGACGGCAGGGGCGGGCGGCCCGGGCCCAGCCCCGCGGCUCUUCCCCGCGCCGGCAGCGGAGAGGCUUUCCCGAAGGGUCGCGCAGCCUGCGGUGCCCUCAGUGCGGGGCAGCGCCAGGCCUGGGGAGCGGGGGCUGUCCCCUCUGCCCUGCCGGGCUCCCAGCGCCCCCGUGCCGGGCAGGGCGGCAGCCGGGGAAGGCCGGAGGAACAGGAGGCGGCAGCAGGGCUGGCCGGCUGCCCUGUGUUUAUUCCCGCCCGUAGGAGCAGCCCAGCGCUCUUGGUGCCCUCGCCCCCGGGCCUGUCACGCACCGCACAGCCGCUCCGCACCUGCGCCUUGAGGACCCCGCUGCCGCUUCCCCGCCCUGCGGCGCCGCCCUUCUGUUGAAUCUUCAAGCCCAGGAGGUUCAGCAACAUCUGAUGACCAUGAAUUUGAUCCAUCAGCUGAUAUGCUGGUGCAUGACUUUGAUGAUGAACGGACAUUAGAAGAGGAGGAAAUGAUGGAAGGAGAAACAAACUUCAGUUCUGAAAUAGAGGAUCUUAACAGGGAGAGUGACAUGCCAAUCCAGGAGCUGCUUAGCCGUUACGGCUACGAUGGUACCAUUCCACUCCAAGAAGAUGAUGAUGAUGAAGAUGAUGAAGAGGAGGAGGAGGAGGGAGAAGAUGAUGAUGAUGUUGAUAAUGAUGACAACAGUGGCUGUAGUGGUGAAAACAAAGAGGAGACCAUAAAAGAUUCAUCAGGUCAGGAAGAUGAGACCCAAUCAUCUAAUGAUGACCCAGCACCAUCUGUUGCUUCUCAAGAUCCACAGGAGAUCAUUCGCCCUCGUCGGUGUAAAUACUUUGAUACAAAUAGUGAAAUAGAAGAGGAAUCUGAAGAAGAUGAAGACUAUAUUCCCUCAGAAGACUGGAAAAAGGAAAUCAUGGUGGGCUCUAUGUUUCAAGCUGAAAUUCCAGCUGGCACAUGCAAGUACAAAGAGAAUGAAAAAGUGUAUGAAAAUGAUGACCAGCUGCUGUGGAAUCCUGACUUCUUACCAGAAGACAAAGUGAUCGAGUUCCUCAGUGAAGCAUCAAGGCGUACGGGGGAUGAGAAAGGCCUGGAUGCCAUUCCUGAAGGAUCCCACAUUAAAGACAAUGAGCAGGCCUUGUAUGAACUGGUUAAGUGCAAUUUUGAUACUGAAGAGUCAUUGAGAAGGUUGAGAUUUAAUGUGAAAGCAGCCAGAGAAGAAUUAUCUGUUUGGACAGAAGAAGAAUGUAGGAACUUUGAGCAAGGACUGAAGGUCUAUGGCAAGGAUUUUCAUGUGAUUCAGGCAAAUAAGGUACGAACAAGAUCAGUUGGUGAGUGUGUAGCAUUUUAUUACAUGUGGAAGAAAUCGGAGCGUUACGAUUUCUUUGCCCAGCAGACCCGCUUUGGGAAGAAGAAAUACAACCUCCAUCCUGGUGUCACAGAUUAUAUGGACCGUCUCCUGGAUGAAAGUGAAAGUGCUGCCUCCAGCAGAGCUCCGUCCCCUCCUCCUACAGCCUCCAACAGCAGCACCAGCCAGUCGGAGCGGGAGGACAGCACAGCCAGCAGCAGCAACCAGAAUGGGGUGUCUGCAAAUGGGCCAGGUGAGAUACCAAAUAAAGAUGAAGCAAAAAUUGAAGGCUUGCAUGUAAAUGGACCUUCCAGUGGCAAGAAAACAGCUCACACAGAUCUGGAUACAAAUGGGUAUGAGACUGAAAACCUUGCCAGUGACCCAAAACUUGCUCAUUCAGCUUCAAGAAAUGAAAAUGAUUUUGAAGAAAAAAAUGAAAGACCUCUAAAAAGAAGAAGAAUAAACAGCACUGGGAAAGAGAGUCCAGGUUCUUCAGAGUUCUUCCAAGAAGCAAACUCACAUGGAAAGCUUGAGGAACUAGAAACUUUGGAUGACUGAAUACUAGGAGCCAGUUUUAUUCCUUGGAGUAAAUUUUGGGUGUCUAAAAUUUUCAGGGUUGAUGGGUUACCUUACAAAAUCCAGUUCUGUAAAACAAUCUGCUGAGGGUUUUUGUUUUUUUUUCCCCUAAUACCUUCCAGUUGGCUCCUUGUUUCAGUGCUGAAAAGCAGAAGGAGAAUAUUCUGUUUCUCAGAGCUGGCAACUGUAGUUCUGGGAACUCUUUUUAAGGCUCUUAAAAAUAUUUGAGAAACAAAUCAGUGAGUUUCUGCAAAAAAAAACACUCCCAGCCUAAGACAUUAAAGAAACUUGUGUGUGUUUAAUGCACCGUUUAAGCAUUGUACAAGUGAACAAGGCAUCCUAUUUGAGGCAGGGGCUGGUUCAAGUGUUGCAGGAGGAUAAAAUGAAAUCCAGAAUCCCAAGCCCUGCAUGGGAGUAGGCACAGAGAGUUCCACCCAUGAGAAAAGUGUCAUCCCCUUGUUAAGGAACCCUUAUGAAUCCUGAAAGUUAUGAGCACAACUAUUUUUAUAUAUAGAAGUUUUAAAAGGUAAAUAAAUAAACCAGGUCAGGUUUGUGUAUGUAAAAUUGUUGACAUCAAUGAUGUCUUUCCAUAUUCUUUAUCUGGGCUAAAGAAAUACAUUCUGUAUUUUUCCAGAUUUCUUUGUAGCCUUUGAAAGAUUUUUUACAGUACUUACGUCUUGAUGGAACUGUCCUUUCUUAAAACAAAAGCUUGUAUAAUUUUCUUAACUUGUACAGUUGGUAAACUUUUAUGAGAGAAUUGAUAUCCUGAGUCUAAUGUCAGCUUCAUUUUAUUUUGCUGAAUCUUUUCUAAAAAAAAAAACAAAAAACCAACAAAACCAAAACAGACAACAACAACAACAAAAUGCAACCCCCAAACCAAACCAAUUGACUAAAAAAAAAAGAAAAAGCUUUUUAGUCACUGUGUUAUGUUCUCCUCUGAAAACAACAUCAAGGCUGGUUAGAAAAGCAAUUUGAUUUUUGAAAACAUGAUUAUUUUUUUUUUCUGUUUGAUGGCAAAUAGUGAUGCUAAAAAUAAUGCUGACGUUGCACAGAUUUCCUUGCUUCCAUCAUGCAUUUUUCCUGCUGUUAUUUUGAGCUCAGAUGAAGUCCCCAGCAGCCAAAUGCUUCUGUUUACUCACCCUUCUUCACCAAGAUCAGGUGUCUGAGUAGCCACAGGUUUAUUUUCAGGCUCUCUCUGCCACCUUCCACAUUUCAGGAAGGGCAGGAAUGGGUCGAGUGCUGCUGGCUGGGCAGGACGUGCCCGAGCUGGGAUUGCUGACAGCCAGGGGACCUGGCAUGGCUGGGGAUUGCAGUGGGAGCAGGAACAGCCCAGGCACAGAAGUACCUGCAGCACAGAGUCACAUGGGGAUGUGGUGAGAGUGGGUAAGGGUAAAUAUUUUGGGCUUAAAGUGCAAGAAAGGAGGAUUGUGUCUAAGGGCAUGUGGAGGGGCUGCUGCUCACCAUUCCACCCGGGAGAGCUGGCAGGUGUGGAUGGAGGUUUUACAUCCACUCUGUUACCAGUGUUUUGGUUUCUUUCAUUACUAGUGUUUUUUAAGCCACAGCUAGGCACCUAAAAAUAGGAAAAAUUGUUCAUUUGUAUAAUUUAUACUUGUAUUUCCUCCUCCUGAGGCUUGCAGGGGCACUGGUCAUUUUGAAUGGGUUAUUUUCACUUGCAGUUUACGUUUGAAAUGUCUGGUUCUGUGAUUGGAAACUAAUGUAUCAACCUGAAAAGAAAACAACAGCCCAACUGUUAAGGGUUCCAUUUGUUUUGUUUCCUUUCUCAACUGCCUGUAAUUGAACUUUCUGGUCAUUAAUGAGCCCAGGCCUCUGGCUCCAUCAGCACACUGAGGUCCUGGGGUGUUCUCACCUGCUGUGCCCAGAAUGGUGGGACUGAUCUGCUCUGACUGCUUCAGCUGACCUGCAGAGAGGCACAUCAGGAAGGUUGUUAACAGCUGGCCUGCAUUCAUUCAUUCAUUAAGCAGUGAGACCCUGGCCCAGGUUGCCCAGAGAAGCUGUGGCUGCCCCAUCUCUGGCAGUGUUGAAGGGCAGGUUGGAUGGGGCUUGGAGCAACCUGGGCUGGUGGGAGGUGUCCCUGCCCAUGCAGGGGGGUUGGGACUGGAUGAGCUUUAAAGUCCCUUCCAACCCCAACCAUUCCAUGAGUCUAUGAUUAAGUAAUUAAGUAAGAGGUUGCUGCUACCUUCACACUCUGGUUGGUGACCAGAACCCCAAAGCAUCAGAGCCUUGGAGCAAAGAUGGUUUGGCUCAAAGAAGGUUCAGCCUGAGGGCAGGGCCAUGUUUCCACCAGUCUUUGCAACUAGAGUCCUAUUUUCAAUUACUAUGUUUAUGCUUUUUUUUGUUUGUUUGUUUCUUUGUUUGUUUGCAAGUUGGAAAUACUUCCAAAAAUUUAGAGGAAAGUCUGUAAGUCAGUUGUCUCAGGCUUGUGUGUGAAAUGCAGCACUGUGUGUAUUUUCAGGAAUGUUGCUUUGGUUUGUUUUUUUUUAACCUUACCCUUUUUUGUUUUAGGUGAUAUGUAGAGAUCUGACAUUCCAUAACCAACAACUAUGUAAUAAUGCUCAGCUAGAAUAUUUAAUUAUCAUUUACGUUUUGUUUAUGCUGGUGUUUUAUACAAUACUUUGCUCAUGUUCUUCAAAAUGCAGCCACUAUAACGUGAUAAGUCAUUGCACUACUAAAGCUAUUUAAAAUUCUAGAAAUAA